UCCAGGUUGCGGCGGCGGGACCGGGGCCGCUGCCGGGGCGGUGGCGGGCGGCCGGGCACCAUGGCCGAGUCCCAGCUGAUCUGCCUGGACGAGACCCACGUGAACGAGCGGGUGACCGAGGCGCAGGCCGCCUUCUACUACUGCGAGCGGCGGCGGGCCGCGCUGGAGGCGCUGCUGGGCGGCGGCGAGCAGGCCUACCGCGAGCGGGUCAAGAAGGAACGGCUGCGGGACUUCUUGUCCAGCCAGGAGCGCCAGGCCCUCCGCGCCUCCUGGAGCCCCUACGAGGACCCCGCCCCUGCCGCCGGCUCCACCAACCGGGGCAAAAGCAAGGCCAAGGCCAAGGCCCCGCCGCAGGCCCCAGCAGAGCCCGGCGAGUCCCUGGCCUACUGGCCCGACCUCUCCGACACCGAGGUGCCCCCGCUGGACCUGGGCUGGACCGACACGGGUGUUUACCGCGGUGUGAGUCGUGUCACCCUCUUCACCCACCCCCCUAAGGAGGAGAAGGCGCCCCACCUCAAGCAGGUGGUCAGGCAGAUGAUCCAACAGGCCCAGAAGGUCAUCGCUGUGGUCAUGGACCUCUUCACAGAUGGCGAUAUCUUCCAAGACAUUGUGGAUGCUGCCUUUAAGCGCCGGGUCCCCGUGUACAUCAUCCUCGACGAGGCGGGCGUGAAGUGUUUCCUGGAGAUGUGUCAGGGCCUGGAGCUUGCCGACUUCCGCAUUCGGAACAUCCGUGUCCGUUCCGUGACAGGCGUUGGCUUCUGCAUGCCCAUGGGGAAGAUCAAGGGGACCUUGUCAUCCAAGUUCUUAAUGGUGGACGGUGAGAAAGUAGCCACGGGGUCUUACAGGUUCACCUGGAGUUCCUCCUACACGGACAGGAACCUUCUCCUCCUCCUGACGGGGCAGAACGUGGAGCCCUUCGACCAGGAGUUCCGGGAACUGUACGCCAUCUCCGAGGAGGUGAACUUGUACCGGCUGCUGGGCCUGGCCGGAGGGGCAGGCAGGGCCGGCCUCACCUCCACUGUGGCCCGCAAACUGAUCAACCCCAAGUACGCCCUGGUGUCCGGCAGCCGCCACCCGCCGGGGGAGAUGAUGCGCUGGGCCACCCAGCGGCAGCGGGAGGCCGGCGCCAACCCCGAGGGGCAGGAGGAGGGCAGCAGGGGCGAGUCGGCCCGGCGGCUGGAGACCUUCCUGAACGACUUGGUCACGCUGGAGCAGGUGCUGCCCCCCGUGGAGCCCGUCCCCGCGGGAGAGCUGCGUCCGAAGGAUGGCAGGGCGGUCUCUCACCCGCACAUGGACCUCAGACCCCGGGGGGAGCUCGCCCAAAACGGCAAGGGAGAAGCUGCCAACGGGGAGGCCACCCCAGCCAAGGCGGGCAAGGGCUUGAGCCGCAGGCUCUUCAGUCGCCGGGCCAAGAGGCCUGCGGCCCCCAACGGCAUGUCCAGCUCCCUGUCCACCGAGACCUUCCCCGAAGCGGAGCUUGUGAUGGGAAAGAGGCCCAGUGACAGCUGCAGUACCAGCGCCUCAGGUAAAACAAGUCCCAGUCCUGCCAAGAACAGCAACUGCGUGAUUUCCUGAGCCUCGGGCCAGUGGUGGCAGGACCUGUGGAUGCCCCGCUGUCCUGUCCUGUGGAGAACACAGGUGAAACUCUGCACCAGUUUGCACAUCGGACCCCCACUGUCCUCCUGCCCAGCAGCCUCCAUCCUGGCCUCAAGGACCCUGAAUCCCAGAUGUGAGGGGUUGCCGCGUCUCAAGGCAGCCAUACGCCUCCGCAAGACUGUCGGCGGCUGGGCAGGGGCCGCUCCUCCUUGUUUACAUGAAGUGGAAGCUUGACUAGUGUCCACUCUCUUUUAUGCCUGACCCCCUUCUCUCACUGGUCCAGCCUCGCCCUGCAGGGCCCCAGAUGGGGUGAGCCCGUAUCCGAAUGCCUUAGUGUGACAGGGUCUCCAGGGCAGCCCCGGCCCCCUGACUUCUCCUUCCCUGGGCUUCCUGGUGUUUCUGCCCACCCCCAUCCCCCCCGCCCCCAGGUUUGGUGGAAUAAAAGGGAAGAAGACAGGGCUUUGAGCCAGGGACCGAGUCUUGCUCUAGCCUCUGAACUGAAUGUAGAAGAUGCUAGGUCAGCCAGGUCACUGGCUCCUGGGGCCUUCGGUUGGUGCCAACAGACUCCUGCGCUAGACUCGGAAUGGAUUGGAUCGAGGGGAAGCUCUCUCACUGGGAGACGGUGGGAGAACUUGACACUGUUGACUAGCCCUUGUCCUGAGGUCUCCUUCCUUCCCCUCCCUCUGCCCUAUCUGGGCACUCUCUGCCCCGGGGGUCCAGGCCUCCUUGGCUGUUGCCCUGCUGCAAGCCAUUACCGGUUUCUCUUUGUGCCUUUCCCUGGGGUCGUUCCCUCCGCUUAACGUGCCUGGAUUUGCAGCCCAAGGCCGGGAGAGAGCUUGGCCAAGGAGUGGGUUUCCGUGGUGUGGGAGGCUGGGCCCGCUGGACAGCAGCACUUGCCCUCCCCACCCCCAUCCCCCACCUGAGGUGGUCCAUGAUCCCCUUCACCAGACAGGACUCAGGUCCCUUCUCUAGUUACAUUUUAGCCAAAGACCAGCCUUAGCCCCCUGCCAAAAGUCAGGCUGUGUUUAGGGCCCUCAGCCUCUCCAACGGGCCUAAGGCCACAGCGCCAGGCCAGAGAUCUGCCUAAAUCAUACACUGCUCCCUCCCCACUGGGGUGACUGGGGUGUCCGAGGAGAGAGUUUGUGAAUGCACACCAGAGAAGCCGCUGACUUGCAGGCUCUGCGAGCAGGGCCCCUGGGGGAGUGCUGGGGGUCGGAGCCACUGCCGUGAACCCGUGAAAGCACCAGGCUGCUUGGCCGCUCAGCCUCACUUUUGAACCAAACACUUGUCCUGUGUCCUUCCUUCUGCAAAAUCCUGGGGCACCAGCAGCACCGGGGGGAGGGGCCUAGGUGUUGGCAGGAGGCUGGUGUGGGGGGGGUGUGGCUGCACUGAGGUGAACCAGAGGUCCUUUGAGGAGCAGGAAAUGGACAGCACAGUGCGGUCGUUGGAGAAGAACCUGGUGGAGGUGGGGGUGGGGGGGAGGCGGAUGAUCCUGGUUCCCAGGGCUCCUCUGUUCAUCCUGAGGUUAGACCCUGACCCACCUCCCUGAGCUUUUGUGAGGAUUAAACACUUUCUGGGAAGUGCUUCCUUAUGCACCAAG